CUGUUGACUUUGAAGCGCACCAAGGCGCCAUCUUGAGGAGACCUCCAACUCUGGUCGGUGAUGACUGACAACAAUUUCAGGCGCAUCAGGAUGGGAUUACCGGAGUCCAUGUGAAACCGUGUCACAUCGGCUGUGCGCUAUAAAUAAGAGGAGGAGGAAAUAAGAGCCGUUGGACUAAUAUUCGACUUUUAAGAGACGGACCGCGCUGUAGCCCGAUGGCUGGCUAGCAGCUCCGUGGAUUCGCCGCGGCCUGUUGGGGAGGAGGAAGGGAGGUGACGGCGCAAAAUGCUCGACUAACCCUGACUCCCAACCGGACAGUCACCCCAGACGGACUCUCGCUUCGAGUCGGAGGACGAGCACAAUGCACUUAUAAUCUUUUUUAAAGAACACAACUUUCUUAUUUUUUACGGUGGCGUUUAGACGGUGAACGACAGUGAAUACAGCAGGAGAAAUGUCAGCCAACUGCACCAGCGCAGCGCCUGUCAGCGCUAGCAAAACCAAGACGAAAAAGAAGCAUUUUAUAGGGCAGAAGUUCAAAUUGUUCCGUGCAAGCGAACCCAUCCUCAGCGUUUUAAUGUGGGGUGUGAAUCACACGAUUAACGAGUUAAGCAAUGUGCCUGUACCAGUAAUGCUGAUGCCGGAUGAUUUUAAAGCCUACAGCAAAAUCAAAGUGGACAACCAUCUAUUCAACAAAGAAAACCUCCCUAGUCGCUUUAAGUUUAAAGAAUAUUGUCCCAUGGUGUUCCGAAACCUGAGGGAGAGGUUUUGCAUUGAUGACCAGGACUACCAGAACUCCCUGACACGGAGCGCCCCGCUCAACAGCGACGCCCAGGGUCGCUUUGGCAACCGCUUCCUCUCCAGUUACGACCACCGAUUUGUAAUCAAAACUGUGUCCAGUGAGGAUAUCGCUGAGAUGCACAACAUCUUAAAAAAAUAUCACCAGUUUAUCGUGGAAUGUCAUGGCAACACACUGCUCCCUCAGUUCCUGGGCAUGUACAGGUUAACGGUGGACGGGGUUGAGACGUACAUGGUAGUGACCCGGAAUGUAUUCAGUCAUCACCUCACUGUGCAUCGCAAAUAUGACCUGAAGGGUUCUACAGUCUCAAGGGAAGCCAGUGACAAGGAGAAGGCCAAAGAGCUCCCCACUUUUAAAGACAACGACUUCCUCAAUGAAGGCCACAAGCUGCAAAUAGGAGACGACAACAAGAAAUACUUUCUGGAGAAGUUAAAACGUGAUGUUGAGUUCUUGGCCACGCUAAAGAUCAUGGACUACAGUCUUCUGGUGGGGAUCCACGAUGUGGAUCGAGCGGAACAGGAGGAGAUGGACGUGGAAGGUGCUGCGGAUGAAGAAGAGUACGAGAACGACGGGAUGGGCGCGGGUGUGCUCACGGGCUCGUUCGGCACACCUCCAGACAGCCCAGGAAACCCUCUCAACUGUGGAGGAUUCUUUGGCCCCGGGGACUUUGACCCCUCUGUUGAUGUUUACGCAAUCAAGAGCCAUGAUAGUUCCGUCAAGAAGGAGGUGUACUUCAUGGCCAUCAUCGACAUCCUCACACAUUAUGAUGCCAAGAAAAAAGCUGCACAUGCUGCCAAAACUGUGAAACAUGGGGCGGGGGCCGAGAUCUCAACAGUGAACCCAGAGCAGUAUUCCAAGCGCUUCUACGAAUUCAUGUCCAACAUCUUGUCAUAGACUCUUCACCGCUCUCACACACACACACACACACACACACCUCUUCAAAGAGCUGAUGGCUGGCUCAUGUCAAAACCCCAAACACACAUUUCCUCUUCACAGAAAUGACAGUAACCGCCCUGGUUUUGUAUCACUUCUGUUUUAGUCGCUACUCUUCCGUUGCCGGCUACUCGUCAGCCAACUUCUCCCUUCUCUGGCCAGCACAGAACGUGUCUCACUAAUAACGCCUUGAACGCUUCUGCAGCCUCUCCGCACGGUCCUCACCUUUUCUAUCCAUGUUGUCGCUCCACGCAAGCAGACUGCAUGGUGUUCACCUUCUGGCUUAUUUCAGUACGGACAUAAAAGCCACCAAACUGCUGACAAUUUGGACUAACAGGAGAUGAUUGUGUUGUCGAUGUAUUACGUAAUUGAAUGCAAUUGUCAAAGAUGCAUGGCUGAUGUGCACACGAGCCUCCACCAAACCACUGAACUUAACAUCUACGUGUUACAAAAACAGCAAAAAGAUACAACAAAAAAAAAAACUGUGUUUGAAUGUUACGUUGCCAUAUUGUAUUUUUUAAUACUUUUGGAAUAUUACCUGUGAGCUUGGUGAAGGUUGGUCAAAGACGCAUAGAAAAAGGGGAAUUCAGCAGCAAAUACUUGUUUUAGCACAGUAAGACUCAUUUUUUUAUAUCUUGUUUACAUUGAUGUAGCAAUUUUGUGUUUGUAUACAGUAUUGUUUUGUUACCGACAGAUAUUGGGGGGGGGGAAAGGUUACUUGAAAAUGAUUCAUUGCAUAUUAAAAGGGAGUUUUAUCUUG